UUGCUGCAUUUAUUCUGGUCUUAUCUAUCACCUUCUAAUCACUGAACAGAGAGUAGUGCCAAGCAGCCUGACAGCAGAAGAUCUCGUUUUUUUCUUUUGCUACAGCCACUUGGACUAAAAUCUGAAAAUGAAUUUAUCACUGAAGAUCAUUUUGAUGUUCAGCUUGGUGGCUGCAAUGACUGCACAAUACCCUUUUGAGGGGUCGGGCACUGAUGAUACCACAGCCACUACGCCAGAAGAUCCUGAGGGGUCGGGUACUGAUACCACAGACACUCCUGCCACUACAAAACAAGGUCCCUGUGAUUCAAGUCCUUGUAUCGGAGACAGUACCUGUGAAGCACGGUUUGACGGCACGUUUGUUUGCAUCUGCCGGCCUGGACUGGUUUACAAUCAAAUAAGCGGCUGCAUUCAAACAAAGAUCUUCCCUGGUAGUUUAACGUUGUCUGAGAUGUUUAAACCAGAAAUGACUGACAGGAAGUCUGAGGAGUUUCAAAUUGUAUCAAAUAGAAUAGAGAAUGAGCUCAGUAUAGUCCUUAAUGGCAAUGGCUACAUACGUUCCAUCGUUUUGAGUCUAAGGCAAGGCAGUAUAAUUGCAGAAGUGCAGAAUUUCUAUGACGUCUCCACUGUCACAAAAGAAUCGGUUGAAUCUCAGAUUCGGGAAGCAAUUACUGAAAAUAAAAUUUCAGGCGCCACCGAAUUCAAAGAAAACUCAGUGUGUGAUCUUGGAGCUUGUGACAAUAAAACCACAAACUGUGAGGAACUGGUUAGUGGUGUUGCAAUGUGUACUUGCAAAGAAGGAUAUGUCAGAUCAGAGUCCACAUCUCAGGCCUGCCUUGCUUGUCCAAAUGGGCAAAAGGCAGUGGAUUCAAAAAUCUGUGAAAAAUGUCCAUUUGGCUAUGCUGGGUUCAACUGCAAUGAUCCAUAUCUUUUGGUUGUGAUCGUGGUGUCCACUGUGUUGGGUGCAUUGCUGAUCAUCUUUAUUGUGGCCCUGAUAGUUGUAAGCUUCAGGAAUCAGAAGGAAGACUCCUCAUCCGAGGUAGACUUUAGCUCAAGCUAUGGAAAUAAGGAAUUACAUAAACCUACAGGAAUUCCCAGGAUCCCUCGGGCCAACCCUGAAGCUAGCUGGAAGUCUAACAAUCUGGAGAUGACCGAUAGUGGAAGCAAUCAUGCACUGGUUAUCAGAGAUCGCCCUGAAAGCAAAGCGCGCUACACUGAUUUCGAUGAGGACAUGAGCUAUAGGGGUCACGCUCCCCCAGCGUACUCGGGCUACGGUGGGAGAGGAGUGGACAACGGUGGUGUCCACAACCCAUACUUUCGACAUGAUGAUGACAGAAUGCGCAGAUAUUGAGUGCUUAGAAAAGCGCUAAAUAAAUGUAAUUAAUUAAAAUUAUAAUUAACACCAAUUAAUUAAAUUAGGACAGUAGGAUGCAGGAAUUAAUUAAAAUUGUUUUUAUUUCUUUGUUGACCAAAGUUUGAAGGUUGUAAUGAAAAACAGUUAUUGCCGUUUUAUAUACAUCUUACCAUAGGAACAGUUCAAAUUUACUUGAUAUUUACAUUCUGUGGUAUCAGCAGCUAAUAAAAUUCAGUUCAUGGGCUUUCCUCUUGAUCUAAGCCUCAACUUAAAACAUAUUGGAAUAAAAUGUCUUUCCUGGAUGUUUGAAUGGAAGCUAUGUUGCAGGGGCCUUAACCUAAAGUCAUUGAUUUUUUUUUUUUUUUCAACAAAACAUUUUUCAAAACACAUCCAUUUAUUCAGGGACAGAAAUGAUUAAUAACUGUUCUAACUGUAAUUAUUAGAUUUGAAAAAUAAUGUCAUAACUAUGCCAAUGGAUGUAUAAUGAUAACUAAUGAUCUUUUUAAAAGUAUAUAAACAGUAUAUAUUUUGUUGUAUUUAAAUAGUCAAUAAAUAAUUAGAUUUCUGAUU